AUGAAUUUCAAUGAUAGGAUCGAAUUUGCCAAGAGGAUCAGGAAUACUUUUAGUAGAUUCCAUAUUAGGCAUCCGUCUAGUCGUCUCUCUCAGGGCACAAAAGGAACCUCGAGCAAACCCGAUUCGAGCUCUGACGAUUCGAGCUCUGACGAUGCGCGUCAACUACACCAAAAAAUACAGCUUCUUAGCAUAACGCUUCAAGCUAAGUUUCAAAAAACAAAGGAAGUUUCUUUGUUACGGAGCGCAAUCGACUUACAGCGAAGACUUCCUAGUCUUCUCCCGAAAGACGACAAGACUCAUGUAUUCGAUCUAUGUAACCUUGCAAGUCAGCUUGGUCAACUAUUCGAAGCAACCAACGAUGAAAACACCCUAAACGAAGCAAUCAGGGUUGCCAGACAAUGUCUGUCUCUCGCUUCAUGUGAACACCCAGUCUACGUGCAAAUGCAACACUGGCUUAGCCAGCUGCUUGGGGCUUUGUAUGAGAAAGUUGGAGAUACCUGUGCGCUUGACGAAGCACUGACACGCAUAACUCAACUUUCUUCUCUGGAAGUCAAAAGAUUCACUAUACAGGAACUUCAACAAUUUUAUUGUACUUUAGCAAGACUUGUUUCCAUGCACUACAAAUGCACAGGAGAUUUAAAAACACUAUCCUCAGCCACUCAACCGCUGAGAAGAGCUAUGGAAAUUUCGCUAUUUGAAGACCCAAAGCUGAGAUUGACUUUACAAGGGCAAUUGAUAGAGCAUUCAGCCACGAUAUAUGUCAGAACCGGCAAGCUGGAGCAUCUGGACGUCUGCAUUAAAGACACACAACUCGGUUUAAAGAUAGCAUCAGUGCAUGCUCCGGAGAUGAAAGGAUAUAUGAUGUAUAGCCAAGGAAAGAAUUUCAGUAAGAAAUACUUAAGGACCAUGGCGAUCAUCGAUCUGAACCAGGCUAUCAAAUUCACUCAAGAAGGAUUACGAGAAAUGAAAGAAGUUUCUGAGAAGGUGUUAUGCGUAACCAGUCUAAGUGAUCUCCUCGUUUUCCGUUAUCAAAGGACGAAACAGAGCUGUGAUCUUCGUGAAGCACUCGAAUCCUCACAGACUGUGUUCCAAAAUCUAUCUAGGCACGAGCCAAACUACCCUCUACAUGCUGCCUCGGUAGCAAACACGUUGCUAAACCGAUAUAAGGUGACAAAAGAUGAGGCUGAUCUUGAAACGGUCGACCAGCUAUUGAGACAUACAUUUGGCCGAAUUCGAAACCCUAGCUUUAGAGCUUCUGCAAUAUUAAUUUUUAUUUCGUGUCAGGAAGAGAAACAACGCCUACGGCCUAGCAUGAAAGACUUAGAAGAAGCCAUUCAUAUUGCGAAGCACGCGGUAGAGAUAACGACGGACGCGCAUCUCAAUAAAGGCGCACAUUUGACUGCAUAUGGCCGCUUACUUUGUCGGAGGUAUUUGAUGAGAAAGGAGAAAGAGGACUUAUUGGCGGCGACGACCUCAUAUGUUCAAGCUUGGAAUCUAAAACUGAUGCCACCUAUCAACCGUCUCAAGGCAGGAGUACAAGCCUUCCAACUUCUCAUAGCGGCUUCACGCCUUUACCAUGCAAUUGUGUUGGGCAUUGAUAUAAUAUCCCUUAUUCCCAUCAUUUCGCUUCAAUCAUAUACCUGGAAUGAUCAGGAACAAGUAUUUUCUCUAUUAGCAGAUACAUCAUCUACUCUUUGCUCACUUCUAAUAUAUGCUGGCCGACCAGAAGAAGCUAUCGAGUCUUUGGAGCAUAGUCGUGCUGUUAUUAUUGGGCAACAUUUGGACAACAACAGUGACAUAUCUCGACUACGGCGAACGAAUCCUGCAAUUUUGAAGCAAUAUCAAGAUCUUGUUAAUGAGAUAAACUAUUCGAAUGCUCACUAUUGUGAUCUAGUUGCCGACCAUGGCUUUAUGGAGCGCUUCGAAGCCGCAACCUCGGAGCUGGAGAAAUGCCUACAGCAAAUUCGAAAUAUCCCUGGGUUGGAAAGAUUUCUCCUAGGACAAAGUAUCGCACACAUACAGGAGAGUGCUGGAGAAGGUACAAUCGUUAUUGUCAACAUUUCCAGUUACAGAAGUGAUGCACUACUAAUCUCGAGAGCUGGUGUCCAGUCGCUUCACCUCAAUAAACUACUUUGGGCCGAUGCAAAGACUUGGGUCAAUAAGAGCUGGUAUUCCAAGAAACCGAGUCAACAAAAGGACAAAAAUGACGAACUUUGUUUAUAUCUUGCUUGGUUGUGGAGUGUCUGUGUCAAAGAUGUGAUAGAAGCGAUUGUGGUAAAGCAAGGCAGCAAUGCAGUUACACUUGAGAAAGUAUGGUGGAUUGGCUCUGGUUUGGGAACCUCGAUGCCUUUCCAUGCCGCGGGAGUCUGCAAAGAAGGCUCAACUGAUAAUGCCUACGCUCAUCUUAUUUCAUCUUAUACUCCUUCCAUCAAAGCACUUGUACAUGCGCGACGCAAGAAGGGCGAAAACGAUAUUAAAAAAUCGGAUUUCAAAGAGAUGUUGAUUGUCACAAUGCCGACAACGCCUAAAGGACUCAACGGAAGAAGACUCCCCGAUCUUUCUGGGGUUUUAGGAGAGAGGGAUGCCAUUACCAAGGAAGUUAAGAAGCUCAGCACUGUUCGCAUAACGGAUCUGCCAUAUCCUAGUGUGAACAGCGUGCUACAUUCGUUGAAGAAAUGCAGCAUCGCCCACUUUGCAUGUCACGGAAUAUCAAACCCCUCAGAUCCAUCCAGCAGCGCGCUGAUUCUUCAGUGCGCCGCUGCGGGUAUGGCAAACACGGAUAAUGUGAUUCAAGAUAAGCUCACAGUGAAACAUAUUGCGCAGUUACAAUUUGAACAUGCUCAACUUGCAUAUCUAUCAGCAUGCUCAACAGCGCAUAUCACGGACAUUCAGCUCUCUAACGAGGUGAUUCAUCUGGUUAGUGGAUUUCAAGCUGCUGGAUUUUGUCACGUUAUCGGAACACUCUGGCCUAUAGGAGACAUGGACUCUAUUGAUAUUGCAACCGGAUUCUACAGUCAUCUUCUAGAUUCGAAUCAAGGGCCCGUGAGCUCUAAUACAAUGGAUGCAGCAAGUGCAUUACAUCAUGCCGUGGCGGCAGUGCGUGCAGUCGACCCAGAGGCCCCCCUACGCUGGGCCCCAUUUGUUCAUUUCGGAGCAUAA